AUGAAUGGAUCAGGACCAGGUGAAGGUGGAAUAUGGGGAAAUUCGAGCAUUAACUCUGUUGGAGCUGUUAACGGCAUGGUGGGUGUGCAAGGAAAAAGUAAUGGAGCAAAUAAGUCAGUUAGUGUAAGUGAUGGUAUUCGUGGAAUUAAUGGCAAUGGAGCAAGUAGUGGUGAGGAACUAGAAUUUAAUAAUGACAAUUGUAAUUGUGAAAGUACAACAAUACAAAUUAUAAUUGUAAAUUAUAAUCCUGAAAACUAG